CAACGUUGGUAAUUAAUCAAAGCUAUGUUCUGAAAACCCGUAGUGGAAAAAAAUGACAAACACUGAAUGAAAAUAAGUACGCAUCGUGAUGCAGAACACUUGACAAGACAAUUAGUAGCUCCAACAGUGAAGUGCAAUUAAGUAAUCUAGUGUAAUUAGUCUAAGUAUCGUCGCAAACAUGAAUUUCACAUACUUAUUCGUACUCAUUUGGCUGGCCUAUUUGAUAUGCAGCGGCGUGCUGUUGUUCUCCCGUGGAUUUUUGCUCGCACGCGUCUCCAAGACGGAGACAAGCAGCUGCCGCCGUCUGUCCCUCAAUCCUAAUGAUGAGUACUAUCUCACGCCGGAGGUGGUGAAUGAGAUUUUUAAGGAUGUGAAUGCCUCGUCAUCAUCGAAUCUAUGUCUUCCACAAAAGUCCAAAGUCAUUAUAAUCGUUGUCGACGCACUGAAAUAUGAGUUUGGACUUUACAAUGAGAGCAUCACCACCGAACCGUUGCCUUAUGAGAAUAAACUGUUGACGCUGCAUCAGCUGCUUCAACAAUCGCCGGACAAUGCGCGUCUGAUGCGCUUCAAGGCGGAUCCACCGACGACAACGUUGCAGCGUCUAAAGGGACUCACCACUGGCAGUCUGCCCACAUUUAUUGAUAUUGGCUCGAACUUUGCCUCGCCCGAGAUCAAUGAAGACAACAUCAUUGAUCAAAUUGUUAAAACUGAUCUGCCCAUCGUAUUUCUGGGUGAUAGCACAUGGACUGAUUUGUACCCGCGACGUUUUAAACGCGCCUACUCGUAUCCCAGCUUUGAUAUAUUCGAUUUGGAUAGCGUGGACAAUCAAGUGAUGCAGCAUUUACCCAAGGAAUUGGCCAGCGAUGAUUGGGAGGUGCUCAUCGCACAUUUCCUUGGAGUAGAUCAUUGUGGACACAAGCAUGGACCCAUUCAUGAGGAAAUGGCACGCAAAUUGAGCGAAAUGAACGACAUCAUAAGCUCCGUUGUGGCCAACAUGGAUAAUGAGACAACUUUGCUGAUAAUGGGCGAUCAUGGCAUGACAGCAACGGGCGAUCAUGGCGGCGACACUGAUGACGAAACCAAUGCGCUGCUGUUUGCCUACUCCAAGCAGCACAAGUUCUACAGCAGCGCAGAUUCGGGAUCAGAUAGCGAAAUGCUGCAGCAGAUUGAUUUGGUGCCCACUUUAGCGACCAUACUCGGCGCUCCCAUACCCUACUCGAAUCUGGGUCUGGUCAACUUUAAUAUCGUGCCCGCUGUGGAUGUGCCGCAUCUCAACAAGUUCCAAACAUUGCUGCUGCACGCCUGGCAAAAUGCCCAGCAAAUUUACCGCUACUUCUUUAGCUAUGCAAUGGAAAACAAACGCUCCUUCAACGUGGAGCAAAUGGAGUCGUUGGAAACGGAAUUUAUACUACUCACACAUCGUGUCAAGUCCAUAUACAAUGAAGCCGCCUACAAGUCGUUUGUGCGUGAUCUAAACGUUCAUUUACGUGACAUUCUCAACGUCUGUCGCGAGAUCUGGGUGAAGUUUGAGCCCACACAAAUGUCGCAGGGUUUGCUCUUCAGCUUUCUGCCAAUCUUCUUUGCCUUUCUGCUGAUCAACAACUCAAAUGCCAGCGACUUUGAGAAGAUCUUCAAGUCCAAGGAAGUCUUCUACGUUUACUUGAUGAACAUUGCAGCCGGUGUCUUUGGCUAUCGCUAUUUUAAGAACUUCUCAUUCAAGACGGAGGAGCAUGGCGUUAUUUUCUUCACCGCUUUGACCAGCGCUGUGUUGUUGGCGUUUUAUACGCUGCGUCAUUCGAACAGCAUUGCCAACAACUGGGCGAAUGUAAAGCGUUUUGGCCACAUGCCCACACGUCUCUUGCUCUUCGCCACCAUGGCUGUGUUCUUCUCCAAUAGUUUUGUGGUGCAAGAGGCUAAGAUACUUUCGUAUCUGCUAGCUGCAGUUAUCCUACUGCUCGUCUAUGAGCUGCUGCAGCUGAGCGCACGUCUUGACUUUAAGAACAAGUUUAAGUGGUCACAAUUCUGGCGCUCUACUGCAUUGCGUCUAAUCCUAGCCAGCGUGCUGGCCAUCUGCUGCAUACGCUUCACAUAUACGCUAUUUCGUUGUCGCGAGGAGCAAGGCGAUUGCGCUGACUUCUCGACAAGCACACCGGGAUUUUCUGUGAAAAGACCGUCCAUGGGCAAGACCUACAUUCUAGCUGUGGUCAUCAUUGUGUUGUACACGACACUGACACGUUUAUAUCUACGCUCCUGCGGCAACCUGACUGGCAAUUCACCCAAUGUGGUGUUGGCUCGCUAUGGACCAACCGUGGCCUCGAUUUGCGCUGGUGGCCACAUACUGCUCGCCAAUAGUGCCAUUAAGAACAUUCAACGCACACACAUCGAUGCCAUGGCAUUGGUCAUCUAUGGCCUGUUGCUGCUGCAAAUCAUUGUGGUGUCAUGGUCUCCUCUUAUGACAUUUGUGCUUCCACCCAAGAAUCCCAAUAGCAUCAGCGUCAAUGGACGCGACAGCAUUGUGCCGGAAAUCUUUAGGAAAAUGAAACGCAUGUACGAAGGCGACGAUGCCGAGCGUCGCCACGAGAUUCCUGUCGUCUAUGGUCUGGCCACCGUAUACUCAUCGGUCAUCAUUUCGUUUGGCAUCUUUCUGGCCAUGCUGAUGGUUGUGCUGCUCGAGCCACGUGCCAGCAUUGGUCUGAUUGUCUGUGUUGUGGUCGGUGCCAUCAUACUCAGUGUCCACGGCAUUCUACGCUAUCGCACUGCCAACAGUUUUGAGAGCUGUGUGCAGCCCACUUUCAGUGCUGUGGUUGGUUGGUUCCUGCUGGCGCACUUUUGCUUCUUUGCCACAUCGCAUCAGACGACGCUGUCGCAGAUUGAUUGGCGUGCCGCCUUCGUGGGUCGUUCCAGUGCGUUGGGACAAUCGCAUCUCAUCUCUGGUGCUUUGGUGAUCCUGAACACCUUCUGUGGUCCCAUCUUCUUCUACUGCAUGUAUGCUUUGCUCAGCACCGAGACCUUCUCGCUGUUCGCCCUGUUCCCCAAUCUGAUACGCAGUAGCAGCAAUGGACGGAGCAACAACAAACCGGAUGCAUCGACAGCUCUCAAUGAUAUUGCCACUGAGGCUGUGGGCUUCGAUAUGACGCGAGGCGAGUUGACGCUGUACGAAUAUGAGAAUGUGUUCCUGGGCGCUGGUUUCAAGCUGGCCACACAAUUCUUUAUGCUGCAGGGCAUCAAGAUCUUUUGCGCCAUGCUGGCAUGCACAAUACACUGUCGCCAUCUGAUGGUGUGGAAAAUCUUUGCGCCACGUUUCAUCUACGAGGCGUUGGCCACCUUCGUUGGACUGCCAGCUCUCAUUGUGGGCUACUUGCUGCUGUUGCGCAUCAAUCGCGCUGUUGAUGGACUCAUCAAGCGCAUCAAUAAGGAUAAGUAAUGGACAGCAGCAGCAGCAGUAUUCGGUCUAGUCUCAUACCAGCAACAACCAACUAUGAAACUCUACUCAAAUUUUGAAUUUAGCAAUGAAUUUUGUACUAUGCCCAAAGUUUGUAUUUCGCCAAUGGCCAUUAUUUAUAAAAGCUUUUACUAAAUUAUAGACAAUGAAACAAUA